CCAGUACCAGUAAGUAGUCGGUGGGGCGAGGCUGCUUGCUGCUGAUAACGUUGUGUAACGUAUCCAAGGUUGUCACGACCCUAACCUCACUUCGUGGCCUGACCGGACUCAGACUGUGGUGACAUGUGGUGUGCUGUGGUUCUGUGGUGCGUGUGCAGUGUGGUGGUGGUGUGCGGCGUCAAAGGCCCACCACACAUCGUUGUUAUCAUGGCAGACGAUAUGGGAUGGAAUGACGUGAGUUUCCACGGCUCUAGCCAGAUCAUGACCCCCAACAUCGACGCCCUGGCCUACCAGGGGGUGGUGCUCAACCGCCAUUACACCAUGCCCACGUGCUCCCCCUCUCGUGCAGCCUUCCUCACCGGCAGAUACUCCGUCCACACGGGGAUUCAAAUUCCGAUCUCGUCGGGGACCGUCAGCGCCCUCUCCCUUAACUUCACACUCCUGCCCCAGCAUCUGAGCCGGCUGGGUUACCGAACCCAUCUAGUAGGCAAGUGGCAUCUGGGAUCUCACCACUCCGACUACUUACCAUUACAGCGAGGAUUUCACUCCCACUUUGGUUUUUACGCCGGAUACCUCAGCUAUUACGACGGUAUCCAUCUUGAAAACGGAGUAGCAGGUAUAGAUGCCUGGAGGAACGGAUCCGGAGCCUGGCAGGAGUUCUCUGGUCACUACCUGACUGAUCUCCUUACUGAGGAGGCAGUUUCUAUAAUUCGGUCUCAUGAGUCCCAGAAGCCACUGUACCUGCAGGUGGCAUUGUCUGCGCCCCACACUGCCAACCCAGGUAACAAAUUCGAGGUGAGCAACUUGUCACAAAAUGAAGGAGAACAUCACUACAUUACCGAUGUCUACCGCAGGCUCUAUGCUGGGAUGGUGCGUGGAGUAGACGAUACAAUUGGGGCUAUUGUGGAAGCUCUGCGGUCUAGCAAAAUGCUGGACAACUCUAUCAUCUUGUUCACCUCAGAUAAUGGAGCACCUACCUUAGACCCUCUCUGGGGCUACCACAACUACGGCUCAAACUGGCCUUUGCGUGGGAUGAAGGUGUCAUGUCAUGAAGGUGGAGUACGAACUGCUGCAGCUCUUUGGAGCCCUCUAGUGAAGGGUAACAGAGUGUAUGAUCAGCUCAUCCACAUUACGGACUGGCUGCCUACGCUUUACUCUGCUGCUGGCGGAGAUGUGGUGGACCUGGGCAAAAUAGAUGGUGUGGAUCAGUGGGGGGCAAUGAUAGGGCAAGGGUGGGCUGGCAAGAGAAUAGAAAUGUUGGUGGAACUCAACCCUAUCAAUGGCAAUGAGGCACUCAUCAAGUGGCCCUGGAAGGUUGUAAGAUACACAAAAGACAGUGUGUUGAACACUUAUGCAGGAGAAAGUGGGCGAGGCACCGAGGUACCCCAGUACUCUGUAGACCAGAUACUGCAGAGCCAAGCAGCACUGGCACUCAAUCUUACCCUCCCAGAGAUGGACCUAUUGGCUCUGCGAUCUCAGGCUUCCAUAGAUUCCAGGUGCACAGAGACAACAGCAAGUGUUAAGCCGUGUGUCCAGGACUACUGCUUGUUCAAUCUUGAAAAGGACCCGUGCGAGAUCAAGGACCUCUCGUCUACAUUUCCGUCCUUGGUGGGGGCACUGACACACGCCCUAGGCGGCUACCGCCAGAUCAUGGUGCCACCAGUGCCCAACACUCAGGACCCUCGGGCUCUUCCUCAAAACUGGCAAAAUUACUGGGCUCCCUGGGCGAAUACAACAGGGACAGGAAUGGCUCCCCCUCGUUCAUCCUUGACUUCUACCCUGGUCAUCUGCCUGUUGUUGCUGCUGCUUCGAUCUUUAUAGUCUUGUCAUCUCUCAAACACUGUAAAAGAUGUCCCUUUACUGUAAAUAAUUUGAUCUAUAUACUUGUAAAUAAAAACAAUUCUAAAAACUG